AGACUAUCUUACGUGAUGUAGAUCUUUGCUUGGAACUGGAACUCGUGGCCACGCUUCAGUGUAAUUGUUUAUGUUUACAUCUUGUUCAGUUGUUACUCAGUAGGAUGUAGAGCGGGAUACUUAUUCAGUUUCAUGGAUUAUAUGCUUUACCAUGGGAUUUGAGCAGCAUUUCACACUGAUAAAACAAGGGGCAGAGGCCAAACUUUAUAGAGGCUCAUAUCUAGGAAAGCCUACAAUAGUGAAGGAACGAUUCAAAAAGAGUUACCGCCACCCCGAUCUGGAUGAUUACCUGACAAAGGAAAGAAUAAAAGGCGAAGCUCGAGCUAAUCUCCGGUGUAAGAUGGCAGGUUUACGUACUCCUGCAAUUUAUUAUGUGGAUUUUGAAACCAGAAGAAUAUUCAUGGAAGACCUCCAUCAAUGUGUGACUGCGAAAGAUUUCAUAACAAAUCUACAAGAGAAUGGUUCAUCUGUCGAACAUACUCGUACCGCGCUAGGAAAACGGUUGACUGAUUUAGCACAUGAGAUUGGGAAAACUAUAGGUAUUAUGCACGCCAAUAACAUAAUACACGGCGACCUAACUACCUCGAAUAUUCUUUUAAAUAACGAAGAGACUACUGUGAACAGUUUGGUUUUAAUAGACUUUGGUCUUAGUUACAUAGAGUCAAAUGCAGAGGAUAAAGGUGUUGACUUAUACGUGCUUGAAAGAGCAAUAAUCAGCACGCAUCAAAACGCAGAUUUAUUUUUUCAAGAAGUAGUGAAUGCAUAUAAAAAGCAGAACAAGAAGCAAUCUGCUGACGUUUUGAAGAAACUCGAAGAUGUGCGAGCAAGAGGACGAAAACGGACAAUGGUUGGAUAAAUUCUGAUUGAUGGUUACAGCAAAUUACAGAACCUAAGAACAAGUAAUGAGACUAUGGUGGCCCUGUGUUGCGUUCCCAGUACUAUACUAAGAAAUACAACUUGACAUUGAUGUAGGCCUGUAUGGAAAACUGUGCUUCAAAUAUAAAGAACUGCAGUUGCAAUUUGAA